AUGAUGAUCAGAACUACGACAAAUACUACUACAAGUGUACCAACAAUAGUAUUUGAUAGAUCACCAAGUACUAUUUGUAGCGGAUUUAUUGAUGUACAUGGAACAUGGAAUAACGGUUUUGCAUGCCCAAUUGAAAAUUCAAUCCAAUAUUUUUGUUGUGGUACAGAUACUUAUCGUUAUUGUUGUCCACCUGAUCGUUAUUCGUUUGAAACAAGAUUUCAUAUUGAUUCUAAUCAUGUUAGUGAUAAUCCUCAAACAUAUAAUGGUAUUUUAACUGAUGAAAUUAGUAUGUUAUUAAUUAAUAAUCAACGAAUGAUUAAUAAACAAUUUCAACAAUUUCAAAAAUAUUUUUUACCUACUUUCUUAUUAACAACAACAAUUCUUUUUCUUGUUGGUAUUGCUCUAUGGUUUUGGUUAUAUAAACAUAAAACAUAUUAUGCAUUAACACAUGAUGAUCUUAUGGAAUCAAGAACAUCAAAUCGAAUUCAUAUUGAUUCUUUACCAAGUUUAGAAGAAAAUAUUAAUCUUAGUACAGAACAACAAUCACGAUUUUUAUCACAUUCAUCAACUGCAACUCGAUUCAACCUUUUUUGUCUCAUGAUGACUAGUGAUCCGCCAAGUAUUACUAUUGAAGAUGAAUUACUUCAACCUGAAAUUUGUGAAAAUGAAUUCACUAAGCCAAAGAUUAUUCCAAUUUCAACAAAAUAUGGUCAUCUUAUAAUAACACAACAAGGUCCACCCGAUCGUCCAGUAAUUGUUACUUAUCAUGAUGUUGGAUAUAAUUCUGCAACACAAUUUCAUCAAUUUUUUUCAUAUCCAGAAAUGUCCCCAGUCACUGAACAUUUUACUAUUUAUCAUAUCAAUGCACCUGGACAAGAUGAACAAGCUAAUCUAUUACCAACAUCAUUUGUUUAUCCUACUAUGGAUCAAUUAGCUGUAACAAUUAAUGAUGUAUUUGUGCAUUUAGAUAUUAAAUCUGCUAUUGGAUUUGGUGUUGGUCUUGGUGCUAAUGUUUUAACUCGUUUUGCAUUGCAAUAUCCAUCAAAAGUCUAUGGUCUUAUUUUGAUUAAUUGUAUUGCACGUAAUGUAAAAUGGCUCGAAAGUUUGUCUAUUAAACGAGCAACAAAGGAUAUGUCACAACAACAUUGGACAGAUUCAUUAUUGAAUUAUCUUAUUGGAUAUCAUUUAGGACCUGGAACACAAGCAUCAGAUCCAGAUCUCGUAAAUAUGCUUCGACGUCAUUUAGAAGAAAAUGUUAAAGCUAAAAAUGUUAUUAAACUUCUAAAUUCAUAUUUAAACCGUACAGCUAUUCAAAUCGAUCGAAAAGCUGAUGCGAAUAAAAGGGGUAAUGCAUCUAGAAUUCUCAAAUGUUCAGUUAUUAAUAUUACUGGAUCUUCAUCACAAUAUAAACAAGAUGUUAUGGAUACUAAUGAUCGAUUUGAUGCAACAACGGCUUCUUUUGUUGAACUUGCUGAUUGUGGUAAUGGUGUUUUACUUGAACAACCAGCAAAAUUAGCUGAAUCUAUUCGACUUUUUCUUCAAGGUCUUGGUUAUAUCUCACAUUUAAGCAUUCCACGUUAUUCCACUGCUAAUCGUUUAGCUGAACAAGCAGCUGAAUAUAAACGUCGAUAUGGUUCAUUAUCUAAAGUACCUCGUCGAUUAAGUACACAAGUUCUUUUUGGAGAUUAUGAUGACAAACAUCCCAGUGAAUUUGAAGAUAUACCUCGACUUGGUCGAGAUUCAGUCGAUAAUCGAAAAACUGAAUUUUAA